AUGAAACCCAGAAAAGGAGGCAGAUUUAAGUCUUCCUUUAAAUUGAAACAAAAAGGCAUCGAAGUAAUAGGAAAAUGGAAAACUGUGCCAAUAGACCCCAGUCUAUUUGCUGAUGAGGACUUCAGAGAUAUAGUUUGCUUAGAGGAACUUACAGAGUACAAACUAGUAAAUUCUUCUGAAGUGGGGAAAGUGAAAGAGAAGAAGAGAAAAGCUGAGAGUGUUUCAGAAGAAGGCAGUGAGGAGGAGGAAGAACCUGUUGUCCCUCCCAAAAAGAAAAAGAAAACCAAAGAUUUGAGAAGGAAACCAGAUAAAAGUGGUGAUCCUAAUGCAACAGGAAUUGAUGUGCCAGUUGAUAAAGAGGCAAAGUGUGAUGAAAUAAUUGAAGUGGCAAAUUGCGAGGACCACGGACAUGUGGCUGAGAGCGCUUCAGUUACAAAAGAUGCUCCAAAGAAAAAGAAAAAGAAGGCUUCUCAAGCUCAAGAAGGUCUUCCAUCUGUAACUACUUCUAAAAAAGUUAAAAACUGGACAACAGAAGUUUUAUCUGCCUCAACCGAUCACAAAGCUGAUGUGUCUGCAUGGAAAGACUUGUUUGUACCUGAACCAGUGUUGCGGGCCUUGAGCUACCUGGGGUUUAGUGCUCCGACUCCUAUUCAGGCCUUGGCCCUGCCUUCUGCCAUCCGGGAUAAUAUGGAUGUUCUUGGUGCUGCAGAAACAGGAAGCGGCAAAACGCUUGCAUUUGCAAUUCCAAUGAUUCACUCUGUGCUGCAGUGGCAAAAAUCAAACAGCUCAACAACCAGAAAUGACAGUCUUUCUAAAGAGUCCCAUCAGCAUCAUGAUGAAACAAGAUGGGAAAAUGAGGAUGAAGCAGAAAAACUAACCCAUCAGCAGGCUGAAGAUAGUGGAGAUGAAGCUGAUGCAUCUUUCACAACAGGCUGUGUAAAGGUGCUGGAAAAUUUUGAAUUUGAUUCCAGUGACAGAACACAUACUGCUGGCUCCCAUAAAAAGAAACCUCUUUUAGGACUGGUCCUUACUCCCACGAGAGAAUUGGCUGUACAAGUAAAACACCACAUUGAUGCAGUUGCAAAGUUUACAGGCAUUAAGACUGCAAUUCUAGUUGGGGGCAUGGCUGCACAGAAGCAAGAACGUGUGCUGAAUCGAAAGCCAGAAAUUGUAAUUGCAACCCCAGGCCGUCUGUGGGAGUUAGUUAAAGAGAGACACCCACAUCUUUCCAAUCUUCGGCAGCUCAGGUGCCUUGUAAUUGAUGAAGCAGACAGAAUGGUUGAGAAAGGUCACUUCUUAGAGCUGUCUCAGUUGCUGGAAAUCUUAAAUGAUUCACAGUAUAACCCUCAACGACAGACUUUCGUUUUUUCUGCCACUUUGACUUUAGUCCAUCAGACUCCCACAAGAGUUUUACAGAAAAAGAAUGCUAAAAAGAUGGACAAGAAGACCAAACUGGAAUUGUUAAUGGAAAAAGUAGGAAUAAAGGGCAAACCCAAAGUGAUAGACUUAACCAGGAAAGAGGCUACUGUUGAGACUCUGACAGAAACCAGAAUCCACUGUAAUACAAACGAGAAGGACUAUUAUCUCUAUUACUUUCUUCUCCAGUAUCCAGGAAGAACCAUGGUCUUUGCAAACAGCAUAGACUGUGUAAAACGCCUCAGUUCUCUCCUCACAAUCUUAAAUUGUGAUCCUCUUCCUUUGCAUGCCAACAUGCACCAAAAGCAGAGGCUGAAAAACCUGGAAAGGUUUGCUGAGCGAGAGAGCUGUGUCCUCCUGACAACAGAUGUUGCAGCUCGUGGUCUUGAUAUUCCCAACGUGCAGCAUGUCAUCCAUUACCAGGUCCCUCGUACUUCUGAGCUAUACGUGCACAGAAGCGGCAGAACAGCCCGAGCUGCCAAUGAAGGCCUGAGCCUACUGCUGAUUGGUCCUGAUGACUUGAUCAAUUUUAGGAAAAUUUAUAAAACAUUGAAGAAGAGUGAAGAGCUGCCAUUUUUCCCAGUUGAUACCAAGUGCAUGACUUCUAUCAAGGAACGGAUGAAUUUGGCACGGCAGAUUGAAAAGGCAGAAUUCUUCAACAGUCGGGCAAAGCAACACAACUCCUGGCUCCAGCAAGCUGCAGAGGCUCUUGAGAUUGAUCUUGAUGAUGAUAUGUUUAUGGGCAAAAAACCUGAUGAGCAAGAAGAAAACCAGAAGCAAAAGAUGCUGAAGGGGAUGAAAAAACAACUAAAACAUAUGUUGUCCCAGCCACUGUUUAAAGUUGUUAUGAAAACCAAGUACCCAACACAGUCUGGAAAACUACUCCUGCCUCAGACAUCAGUGGGCACUUCAGAAUCUGCUCUGGGUACUGUGUCCAAACAACAAGCCAAGAAGAAGAAAUCAAUAAAAUUAAAUUAG